AUGGCGAAUACCUUGGCGAAUGCCAUCAAGGCGGCCAUGAAGGACGAGUGGAAGCCUCAGCCAAAGGCCAAAGGCCACAAGAAGGCCUGCCGCCAGCACCGUGGUGGUCAGAGAGUCCGAGAAGAGGAACUCCGUUACCCCGAUUUGCCUCUCACGCCCUCUCCUCGCGCCUCCUCUGCCCCUCCCGCCAACUCUCCUCCUCCAUCCCCUCCCUCUGCGGAGGCCGCUGGCCCCGUCACUUCUUCCUCCCUGCCCGUGAACACCAACGACACUGCUGAGGGUAGCCCUGGUGUGGGAUCUGAUCUGCUUUCGAAAGAUUAG